CGCUGGCUGGCUGCACUCGGUGCAGCGAUGGCGGAGGCCGUGGAGCGCACGGACGAGCUGGUCCGCGAAUACCUGCUCUUCCGCGGCUUCACGCACACGCUGCGGCAGCUGGACGCUGAGAUCAAGGCGGACAAGGAGAAGGGGUUCCGGGUGGACAAGAUUGUGGAACAGCUACAGCAGCUAAUGCAGGUAUAUGAUCUGGUUGCCCUGAGAGACUAUUGGAGCUACCUGGAGCGGAGACUCUUCAGCCGCUUGGAGGACAUCUACAGACCCACCAUCAACAAGCUCAAGACCAGCCUGUUUCGUUUCUACCUCGUCUACACCAUCCAGACCAAUCGAAAUGACAAGGCUCAGGAGUUCUUCGUGAAGCAGGCAGCAGAGCUCCAGAACCAGGCAGAGUGGAAGGAUUGGUUUGCUCUGCCCUUCCUGCCCUCCCCGGACACCAACCCCACUUUUGCCACCUACUUCUCGAGACAGUGGGCAGACACCUUCAUCGUGUCUCUGCACAACUUUCUCAGUGUCCUGUUCCAGUGCAUGCCAGUCCCAGUCAUCCUGAACUUUGACGCCGAGUGCCAGCGGACCAGCCAGGUUCAGGAAGAAAAUGAGGUUUUGCGCCAGAAGCUCUUUGCGCUACAAGCUGAAAUCCACCGGCUGAAGAAAGAGGAGCCACAGCCCGAGGAGGGAGAAGCUUUGGUCCAACACAAAUUGCCUGCUUACGUGUCCAACAUGGACCGCCUGGGGGACUCGGAACUGACCAUGGUUUACAACCAGAGGAACGCAGCCCUCUCCCAGUCGCCUCGGGUUGGCUUCCUGUCCUCGCUGCUGCCACAGAGUAAGAAGAGCCCCUCAAGGUUGUUGCCGGCCCAGGGCCCCCCGCAGACUCAGAGCACAGCCAAGAAAGAGUCCUUGAGCAGCCAGAGUGCCAAGGGAAAGGAGCCAGCCUGUGGACCCAAGGACACCAAGGGCCUCUUCAGCGGACUUACCCCCGGGGAGUCCAGCUGGUCCCAGCACCGGCAGCGACGCCUGCAAGACCAUGGCAAGGAGCGGAAGGAGCUUUUGUCCACAACUCUGCAGAGCACCGACAAGAAGCCUGAGGUAGGCAGUGCAGAGGCAGAGGCCUGUGUGGAGCUCCACGCUGAGGUCCCAGAGAUGCUGAUGCGAGCCCCAGCGACUGGCCCUGAGGGAGUAGGGGUACGCCCUGAGCAGCCUUUCAUCGUGUUGGGGCAGGAAGAGUACGGGGAACACCACUCGUCCAUCAUGCACUGUAGAGUGGACUGCUCAGGGAGGAGGGUUGCCAGCCUGGACGUUGAUGGGGUCAUCAAGGUGUGGUCCUUCAACCCCAUCAUGCAGACCAAAGCAUCUUCCAUCUCCAAGUCACCCUUGCUGUCACUGGAGUGGGCCACCAAGCGGGACCGGCUGCUCUUGCUGGGCAGUGGUGUGGGCACUGUUCGCCUUUAUGAUACAGAAGCCAAGAAGAAUCUCUGUGAAAUCAACAUUAAUGAGGACAUGCCCAGGAUUCUGUCUCUGGCCUGCAGCCCCAGCGGGGCUUCCUUUGUGUGUUCGGCAGCAGCUGCUGCAGCGCCGCUGAGCCUGACCUCCCAGCUGGACACGGCCCCAGAAGGCAGCAGGGGUGCGCCUCAGGUCCCCGGCCGGCUGCUGCUGUGGGACACAAAGUCUAUGAAGCAGCAGCUCCAGUUCUCUUUGGACCCCGAGCCCAUUGCUAUCAACUGCACAGCCUUCAACCACAAUGGGAACCUACUUGUCACUGGGGCGGCCGAUGGUGUCAUCCGGCUCUUUGAUAUGCAGCAGCAUGAGUGUGCCAUGAGCUGGCAGGCCCACUGUGGUGAGGUGUACUCGGUGGAGUUCAGCUAUGAUGAGAACACGGUGUAUAGCAUCGGUGAGGACGGGAAGUUCAUCCAGUGGAACAUUCACAAGAGCGGCCUGAAGGUGUCUGAGUACGGACUCCCUGCCGACGCCACUGGCCCCUUCGUGCUGUCAGGCUACAGCGGCUACAAGCAGGUGCAAGUCCCACGGGGCCGGCUCUUUGCUUUUGACUCCGAGGGCAAUUACAUGCUGACCUGCUCUGCCACAGGAGGUGUCAUUUACAAGCUGCACAAGGACGAGAAGGUUCUGGAAAGCUGCUUGACUCUGGGUGGCCACCGUGCCCCUGUGGUCACUGUGGACUGGAGCACAGCCAUGGACUGCGGGACCUGCCUCACAGCCUCCAUGGAUGGCAAGAUCAAGCUGACUACACUCCUGGCUCAUAAAGUCUGAGGGGACUGACCAGAGGGGCCCUCCACACAGAAGCAGUAUUAUCACUGGGGCCAGGAGGCAGGCGGUGGGAGCCUGAGUCUGCAAGGAGAGACAGUGCUGGGCACUGUCCAGACAUGGGGACCGGAGUGGGAACCCUGAGGAGCUGGGCAGGUUCCCUAGAACAGUUGCAGAUGCAAAAGAAGCUCAGGAAGCAGAAGCAGAAGCAAGUGAUGGUGUCUCCUGCACCCAGGGGAGCGACAGUAUUUUGUGUAUAUUUCCUUCUUUUGUAAGAAAACAAAGAAUGCUCUUCAGAUAUCCUGUGA